GUUAUCCACCCAUCAGCACUCUAUAUAUUGUUCUUAGUAUUGCAUCAACCAUACCAAAUUAUCAUAAACACUUCCUCAAGAAAGCCUGAAAAGAUGGUCAAUUUGGCUGAUGCAAAUCAUGAUGCUGAGCUUCUUCAAGCUCAAGCUCAUGUAUGGAACCACAUCUUUAACUUCAUCAACUCAAUGUCCCUUAAAUGUGCAAUUCAAUUAGGAAUCCCAGAUGUGAUCCACAACCAUGGCAAACCCAUUACCCUUUCCCAGCUUAUUUCUUCUUUACCUGUCCACCCAGCCAAAGCUCGCUGUAUACCUCGCCUAAUGCGCCUUUUGGUUCACUCUGGUUUCUUUGCUCAAGCAAAAAUCAGUGAAGAUGAUGAUCAAGAAGAAGGGUAUGUUCUCACCAGUGCAUCUCAGCUCCUCCUCAAGGACAACCCCUUGAGUGUCACACCGUUCUUGAUGGCCAUGCUUGAUCCUAUUUUAACAAGACCAUGGCAUUAUGUGAGCACUUGGUUCCUAAACGAUGAUCCUACUCCAUUUAAUACGGCUCAUGGGAGGACAAUUUGGGAGUAUGCUGGACAUGAACCCAAGCUCAACGAUUUCAUGAACGAAGCAAUGGCUAGUGAUGCUAGGCUCGUUAUGCAUGUGCUGAUCAAUGAGUGUGAGGGAGCGUUUGAGGGGCUGAAGUCAUUGGUUGAUGUUGGGGGUGGAACAGGAACCGUGGCUAAAGCCAUAGCUAAAGCAUUCCCUCAGUUGGAUUGCAUUGUGUUUGAUCUCCCACAUGUGGUGGCUGGUCUGCAAGGCACUGACAACUUGAAGUAUGUUGGAGGCAACAUGUUUGAGGAGAUUCCUCCUUCCGAUGCAAUUUUACUGAAGUGGAUUUUACACGACUGGAGUGAUGAAGAAUGCAUGAAGAUUAUGAAGCAAUGUAAAGAAGCCAUUAAAGGAAGAGAAGGAGGGAAGCUAAUUAUCAUAGACAUGGUGAUAGGAAGCCGCAAAAAAGAUAAGGAUGCCAUGGAAACACAACUCUUCUUUGAUAUGCUGAUGAUGGCCUUAGUUACUGGUCAAGAGAGAAAUGAAAAAGAAUGGGCUAAACUCUUUUUCGAUGCUGGUUUUAGCGACUAUAAGAUAAAACCCAUGCUAGGUUUAAGAUCCAUUAUUGAGGUUUAUCCUUAAUUUAGCUUAUAGAGCUUGAUUAAUUUUAUCUUAGCUUUUAUUUGUAUUUUGCAUCUCUAUGAUAUUUUCGUUUGUGUGGUUAAAAUUCAUCUCCAUGUUAUGAGCGAGAUGCCUCUGCUUUUUACAUUGUUAAUGGAAGCUUUAGUUGUGCAAGGACUGCUUUGGAUAUCUUGCUAAAGUUGGAUAUCUUCAA